AUGGCCCCUUCUCAGCUCCCCCCCAUCUUCAACCCUACCUCGCAGGACAUUGAGAACCUGCUGGCGGCCCAGUGCCACCUUGGUUCCAAGAACCUUCAGGUGCACAUGGAGCCUUACCUCUGGAAGACUCGUCCCGACGGUGUCAACGUUCUCAACAUUGGCAAGACUUGGGAGAAGAUUGUCCUGGCUGCCCGUAUCAUCGCUGCCAUCGACAACCCCGCCGAUGUCUGUGUGAUCUCCGCUCGUCCCUACGGCCAGCGUGCUGUCCUCAAGUUCGCCGCCCACACCGGUGCCACCGCCAUCGCCGGUCGUUUCACCCCCGGUAACUUCACCAACUACAUCACUCGCUCUUUCAAGGAGCCCCGUCUCAUCAUCGUGACCGACCCCCGCACCGAUGCUCAGGCCAUCAAGGAGGCUUCCUACGUCAACAUUCCCGUCAUCGCUCUCUGCGACACUGACUCCCCCACCGACUUCGUUGACGUUGCCAUCCCCACCAACAACAAGGGUCGUCACUCCAUCGGUCUCGUCUGGUGGAUGCUUGCCCGUGAGGUCCUCCGUCUCCGUGGCACCCUCGCGUCCCGUGAGGUUGACUGGGACGUUGUUGUCGAUCUCUACUUCUACCGCGACCCCGAGGCCGAGGAGAACAAGGAGAUUGCCGACGAGACCAAGGUCCCCGGUGCUGAGGAGAUCGGCGCUGGUGCCAUCGAGUCCGGCUUCGCUGGUGAGAACUGGGACACUCAGGGUGCCGGUGCCGGUGUUCCUGGCACUGCUUUCUCUGCUGCUACUGCUGCUGCUGGCGCUACCAGCUGGGAGGCUGACGGUGGCGACUGGGCCGCCAGCGGUGCUGCCCCUGCUACUGAGAGCUGGGCUGAGACCCAGCCCGCUGACGCCAAGUGGUAA